AUGGCGACCUUGGAUCCCCUCAACCUCGCGGUCCUGAAGGACCACAGCCGUGAUCCGGAGAAAGAUGGAGACCUUGAUGCCUACGAGGUCGCGCCGUCCUCCGGCUCCAAUGUGGGCGACUUCGACUGGACCGAGGCCGAGGAGACGGCGAUCCGCCGCAAGAUCGACCGGCACACCGUGCCCUUGAGACAUCUCUUUGCCCUCCUUCACGUGUCGUUUGCUGACCGCGGGACCCCGCGCGUCGCCAUCAACCAGUUCCUCGACCGCGCCAACAUCGGCAACGCCCGCAUCCAGGGCAUGGGCGUCGAGCUCGGCCUCAACACGGGCGUGCGCUUCAACUGGGCGCUGUCCAUCUUCUACAUCGUCUACCUGCUCGUCGAGGUGCCCAGCAACAUCCUGCUCAAGUUCAUCGGGCCGCGCUUCUACCUGCCCAUGCUCGUCGUCGGCUUCGGCCUCAUCUCCAUGUGCACGGCCUUUGUGCACACCUUCGAGUCCCUGCUCGGCGUGCGCGCCCUGCUCGGCGUCUUCGAGGGCGGCGCCAUGCCCGGGAUGGCCUUCUUCCUGAGCUGCUUCUACAAGCGCAAGGAGCUGCUCUUCCGCGUGGGCAUCUACGUCUCGGCCGCCUCGCUGGCCGGCGCCUUCGGCGGCCUGCUGGCCACGGGCCUGGCGCGCAUCCCGCGCUGGGGCGCGGCCUCGAGCCCCAUCUACGAGUGGCGCAACAUCUUCUUCUUCGAGGGCCUCGUGACCAUCAUCGUGGGCCUGCUGGCGCCCAUCUGGAUGCCGACGGACCCGGCGACGGCCUACUUCCUCAGCGAGCGCGAGCGCCGCAUCGCCGCCGAGCGGCUCGUGCGCGAGCACAACGGCCACCCGGAGACGACGGUCGAGUGGAGCCACUUCAAGCGCGCGGUGCUGUGCAUCCACAACUACACGUGCGCGCUGGGCUUCUUCCUCAUCAACAUCACCGUGCAGAGCAUCUCGCUCUUCAUGCCGACGCUGCUGGCCGACCUCGGCUGGACGAGCACCAAGGCCCAGCUGUACUCGGUGCCGCCGUACGUCUGCGCCGUCGUCGUGGCCAUCGCCAUCGCCUACGUCAGCGACAAGACGCACCUGCGCGGCGUCUACCUCGCCGUCUUCUCGAGCAUCGCCGUCAUCGGCUUCGCCAUCCUGCGCUGGCACUCCGACCCCAACAUCCGCUACAUGGCCGUCUACUUUGUCACCGUCGGCGCCUUCCCCGGCGGUCCUGGCUUCCUGAGUUGGGCGAUGAACAGUAAGCAAAUCUCUCCCAACACAUACAGAACAUUGGAGUCAGUUUGUCUGGGUUUCCUCGAUGCAGAAUGGCUAAUCGUGUUGUAUCUAGACUCUGCCGGGCCCGCGGUGCGCGCCGUGACCAGCGGCUACGUCGUCAGCCUGGGCACCAUCGGCGGUAUCGUUGCCACGUGGACGUACAUGGUCAGGGACGCGCCCAAGUACCACACCGGCCACGAGAUCAACCUCGGCGGCCAGAUCGGCGUCGUCGCGCUGUCCUGCUUCGGCAUCGCCUACUGCUGGUGGGAGAACAAGCAGAGGGACGCCGGCAAGCGCGACCACCGGCUCGAGGGCCUGACCGAGGACCAGCAGAGCAGGCUCGGGUACAGGCACCCGACAUUCCGGUACAUUCUCUGA